GUCUCGCGACGGGAAGCGGAAGUGCGCACAGCUGCUGAGGGCCGAGGGCGGCGUGGGCGCGUCUCCGGUGUCCUGGCGCGUCUCUAGAUCCUUCCCAGGAGUUCCAUUAUGGGCGUAAGAGGUUUGCAUGGGUUUGUGGCAAGUAGCUGCCCACAUGUAUGCACCGUAGUGAACUUCAAGGAGCUGGCAGAGCGCCACCGGAGCCAGCACCCCGGAGGGACGCCCGCCGUUGUGGUCGACGCCAUGUGCUGCCUCAGGUACUGGUACACGCCGGAGUCCUGGGUCUGCGGCGGGCAGUGGCGGGAAUACUACUCUUCUUUGCGAGAAUUCGUGAGCGCUUUUACCGCUGUUGGCAUCAAGCUGAUCUUCUUCUUCGAUGGCAUGGUGGAGCAGUCCAAGAGAGGCGAGUGGGUGAAACGCAGACUCAAGAACAAUAGGGAGAUAGCCAAGAUCUUCCACCACAUCAAGUCCCACAGGGAGCAGCCAGGCAGAAACAUGUUCUUCAUCCCCUCCGGGCUGGCCGUAUUCACACGGUUUGCUUUGAAGGCCCUGGGUCAGGAGACUCUGUGCUCGCUACAGGAGGCCGACUACGAGGUGGCCUCCUACGGCUUCCAGAACAACUGUCUUGGGAUUCUUGGAGAAGACACUGACUACUUAAUCUAUGACACCUGUCCCUACUUUUCUAUCAGCGAGCUCUCCCUGGACAGUCUGGACACCGUCAUGCUCUGCCGGGAGAAGCUCUCUCAGAGCCUCGGGCUCCGCCUGGCCGACCUGCCUCUGCUGGCCUGCCUGCUUGGCAAUGACGUCGUUCCGGAAGGCAUGUUCGAGAGCUUUCGGUACAAGUGCUUGACUUCCUAUGCCUCUGUGAGAGAGAGCUGUGACAGAAGAGGUAAUGUUAUCUUAGCUGUAGCAGACCACAUAUCUAAAGUUCUUCGGUUGCAUCAAGGUGAGAAAAAGCUGGAAGAGAUGCUGCCUUUGGGACCAAAUAAAGCUCUUUUUUAUAAAGGAGUAGCAUCGUAUCUUUUGCCAGGACAGAAAUCUCCAUGGUUUAUCCAAAAACCUAAAGAUGUAGUAACUUUGGACAAGCAGGUACUAUCUAUGAGUUCAGAUCCUGAAUCUAAGCAAGAGGUUCCCAUGUGUAUGGACCCUGAAUCCAGGCAGAAGUUACCUGUAGGUACAGACCCUGAAUGUAACCUAGAAGCAGCCAUGUGUGCAAACACUGAAGUUAAACAGGAAGACCCUGUAAAUAUGGGGCUUGAAGCCAAACAUCAAGUAACUGUGGUUUCGGAUCCUGAAAUCUUAAAGGUCGCCAGAGCGCAGCACGUCCGGGCGGAGAGCUACCUGGUGUACAGCGUGAUGAGCAGCGGCGAGGUGGAGUGCAGCAGCAGCCUGGAGGACGCCACGGACCAGGCCCUGCCCAGCCAGGCCUUCGUCUACCGCCCCGUGCGACAGCGCGUCUACUCCCUUCUGCUGGGGGGCGGCGGAGGUGGUUCCAGCACCGGCCCCGCUGUCAAGGAGUGGUUUGUGUACUCCGGGAACCCACUGAGGCAGCCAGACCUCGUCAGGCCUCUGCAGAUGAACCUUCCAGGGGGAACGCCUAGUUUGAGACAACUGUGGCUGAGCCAAGAGCCAGGAAUCCAGGCCCAGCGCUUGGACACACUGCUGGCCUGCUUCGACCUUUCGUCCUCACGAGAAGAGCUGCAGGCAGUGGAGCGCCCCUUCCAGGCUCUGUGCUGCCUCCUGGUCUACCUGUUCGUGCAGGUGGACACUCUCUGUCUGGAGGAUUUGCACGCCUUCAUUGCGCAGGCCCUGUGCCUCCAAGGGAAGCCCGCCGUGGAGCUCGCAGACUUGCAGCUCGACCACAUCGACCCCAGAGCUGUGCAGCUGGCCACCCUCCUGGUGCGCGGUCUUACCACCCUGGUGCUGGUCAAUGGUGCCUGCGGCUCCCCCUGGGAGAUGGCUGACUUCAUGCCCUGGCACCUGUUUGACGGGAAGCUGUUUCAUCAGAAGUACCUGCAGUCCGAGAAGGGGUACACUGCAGAGGUGCUCGUGGAGCAGAACAGGUCCCACGUCACCAGAUUCCACACCCUGAAGUCGGUCGUGUGCAAGGCCUGUGGGAAGGAGAACAGACCGAUCGUCAGCAGGCGUCACUGGCGUCCACACCACGCAGGAAGUAGACAGUAUGAGCCUGACCAGUGGAGAAGAUAUUAGUCAUCUUCUGGAAAAAGUGUGCACAGAAGAAGCCGCAGAAUCUGGCUGUCGAACCAGAGUGAAGCCUCUGGAUCCUCUGGGCCCUCCUUCAGAAUGAAGUCAUCUGAGGAGAAGCUCACCGGGGGUUCCAGACCCAGAGUCACAAGAGGAAAAGCAUCUAUUUCAGCCUUCUUCCUCAUUCAACUUUAAAACGCCUUUGUGGGCUUACUUGUAGACGUCGUCCUGACUCCACGUCCCCAAACAGCCAUGGUUAACGUCUUCAUGCCCGUCUGCAUCUGUUGAUUCUUAUAAUGAAUUGAAAUCUUAUGAUAUCCCACUUUUUUUAACUUUAAUACUAGAGGAUUAAAGUUGUGAGGAUAUUUCCCAGAUGAUCUUAUCUUUUAAGACAUGAUGUCUAAUAAGCUGUAUCAUUUUCCAGAAAUUAUUUACUAAUCAUAAAUUGUAACCAGAAGUAAAGUUUCCAACUGUACCUUCACCGAGAAAGAUGUACCAGCUUCCUUCUCACCUUUUUGGUGGGAGAGAUGACUGCAUGGUCUUGACAUUGCCUGUGACGCAGGGGUCUGUUUCAGUUGUUUCACCCUUUCAUUUAGAAUUUGCUCCAGCCCAGAGCCUGUGCCUGUGAAGACACCUGGAUUCAGCACACAUUAGGCAUCAGACAGGAAGCCUGCAAACCAUGUAGAGAGAAGCAGUAGUUGAGUGUCAAGAAGCCUAAUUUAUGAUACCGCUAACAAGUGGGACAUCUGUUGCUCUUUAUCUGUGAGCCCUGAAGGGCUCUUGUUAAAAAAUAUUCUAAAUGAAUCCAAGUUCAGAGACAUUCUAUUCAUGAAAGAAUUUUCACAUAGUCUAAGAAUUGAAAUUUUAAGCCCCAAAUUGUCCUGACCUCAGCCCCUGGGUAUUUUGAUAAUUGAAAAUAAUCUAGAUUAGGGAUUAGGUUAGCAGCUGUCUCCCUUUGGCCUGGAGCUGCUGUGACUGCCAAUCCACCUUCCAGGCUGCACCCGCACCCAGGAGAGCCUCUGAGUCAUGCUUGCCUGCGCUCACAAGACAUGUCCUUCAGCUGAUGUCAUUAAAACAAAAUAAACCCUAAACAAAUCAUAGUGCACUUUGUAUCUUAGCACUUGAUGCUUUAGCCUGACUGACAGCUGUGUGUGCAGGCUUCUUACUUUGUUUUAGAAUCUUAUUUGGUAAUAUGUGUGGCUCAGACGGUUAAGUGUCUGCCUACAAUGUGGGAGACCCGGGUUCAAUCCCUGGGUUGGGAAGAUCUCCUGGAGAAGGAAAUGGCAACCCACUCCAGUAUUCCUGCCUGGAGAAUCCCAUGGAUGGAGGAGCCUGAUAGGCUACAGUCCAUGGGGUCGCAAAGGGUCGGACACGACUGAGUGACUGCACUUUCACUUUCACCAAAAAGAAAUAUAGUCUCCUAUUCACUUCCUGCAGGUCCUUCUUUAGGACAUCUGCAUGUCUAGUCACUUUUUAUGUAGUCAUGUAGGACCUAUAGCCUUAUUUCCCAAUUUUAGAAAUAGAAUUUUUUUAUAUGUAGGUUUCCUGUCUAAAACCUAUUCAUCUUGUUUUUGCUAAUUUGAUACCACUACUGCUUCUAGAAAUUUCAUUUCUUUGUUGCUUAUUUGUAUAACUUUGAAAUAAAUCUCUCACUCCUUAGACUAGAAGAGUAGACCUCCAUGAAUGUCAUCUCCUGUUUCAUAAGUGAAUUCUAACUUGUCAGUAAAAUAUUUUAUGUUCAUUUAAUGCUUAAGUGAAGCUGUUGAGUUGAUAAAAUCUUUACUACA